GCGCACACACACUCAUCAUCAUCGUCAUCACAUAAAGGGCAAACGAGCAAAGGCUCGUUUGUUCUCUCUCUCUCUCUCUCUCUCUUAUACAUCUUCUUCAUCAGCCUUUGUCUAUCCAAUAUUUUACAAAACCAAGAAACCACAGGCAUCAUCAUCGUCAUCAUGGGAAAGAAGCUUGAUGCUCUAUUCGGAAGACACUUCAAAUCCUCCAAGUUCAAGGCCCUUGUCAACGUUGCUGUUUCUCGCCUCUCUGUCCUCAAAAACCAGCGCCGCUCUCGCUGCUCCCUUGCCCGUUCCGACGUUGUUGAGCUCCUCAACCUCGCCCACCAUGACCGUGCUCUUCUCCGGGUUGAGCAAGUUAUCAAGGAGCAAAACAUGUUGGAUGUUUUUGUUAUGAUUGAAGGCUAUUUUCAUUUGUUGGUGGAGAGGAUCAACCUUAUUGAACGAGAGAAAGUAUGUCCCGAAGAGCUGAAAGAGGCAGUGUCGAGCUUGCUCUUUGCAUCUACGAGAUGUGGGGAGUUUCCAGAGCUUCAGGAGAUGCGCGCAGUCCUCACAUCCCAAUUUGGGAAGGAGUUUGCAGGUUGUGCCAUUGAGUUGCGCAACAACUGUGGAGUGAAUCUAAAGAUGGUACAAAAGCUGUCAACUAGACAGCCAAGCUUGGAGAACAGAAUGAAGGUGCUCAAGGAAAUUGCUUCUGAGAACAACAUCAUUUUGCAGAUUGAGGAAACUUCUUCGGAGGCCACAGAGGAGAAAUUGGAAAUUGAAGAGAAGCAGAACCAACAUAAUAUUCCUGAUGAGAUAGAAAACAUGGAGGGUUUGUCCGAUUCAAUGAAAACAACAAGAAAAUACAAGGAUGUAGCUGAUGCAGCGGAAGCAGCUUUUAAAUCAGCAGCUUAUGCUGCAGCAGCAGCAAGGGCAGCAGUGGAACUCUCUAGACCUGAAUCCCAUGACCCUGAUGAUCAGAACAGUCCUCAUCCUGAACAGAGAAAGAUAAGUGAUAAGCAUGAUGCGAUAAAAUGUACACUUCAAACUACUGACGAAAACAACCUGAGAAGAACUGAGGAUCAGAAUGUUGGACUUGGAUUUGAGAAGGUGCAUCCUAUCCAAAACCACCAUUCUGAAUCUGAAGAUGAAAUUCACUGUGAAAAAAAGGCUGAAGAAUCUGAAGAGAGUAAAAAUGUAGCAGAUUUUAAGGGAUCAAGGCCAACAGAGGACACAAUUUCUGAUGAGAGUGGUGACGAGACAAGGAAUGAACAAGGCGGAGUACAGUUGUCAAGGACCCAAGACUCGGCUUUUCAUAUGAAGCCUAGUUUGCUUAUGAAUGAAAGUUUUGAUUCUGGAAAGUCUUGCACAGUUGAAGAUGAAGAAGACCUAUCCAAGGAUAGUGCAGUGAUCUCUCGAUCUCAAAAGAAGUUCCCUUUAAGAUCUCAAGCUGGGCUAAAAGCAGAGUCAGGUCCUGGAUAUCCGAAAGCAGAGAAGAGGCCAAUCUCUGUGAGGACCAGACGAGCUCAAGGGCGCUGAGAAGCAUACUAUUAUGUAAUAAAGUAGUCAGGAUUUCAGUAAUAGCACAGGGUUUUUCCACACAUUUACUUCGUUUUUUGUUGUUCAUAUUUUGACUUUUGUUCGCGAGAAUGUAAACUAGUGUAAUGGUUUUGAAUUGUGAGAGCUUCUUUUCUUUUUUUUGUUUUUCCAAUAAAUUUUUUUGUAUUUGUUCAAGGGUUCAAAGUAUUUAUAGCCUUUUCAUAUUUGAAAGGAUAA